GCGACGCCGUCAAAACGGUCCGCAAUGACCUUUUCCUGUAUUCAAUCUACCUCCACGGGCUAGCACUCCAGCAAGGAGACCUGUAGUACAACCGGUGUUGUACUGCAUUGACUCUUGAACGAUGUCUUCGGGCCCCGACACCCCAAACACCGAUCUCUGGCUCGAACGGUCGCGCCUCGAUGGCAUGAUAUUGGGUGCAGUUUCAUAUGGGGUCUUGCUUUUACUGACCUACCAAGCUGCGGUGGCCAUCCUCUCCCGACGUAGAAGCGGAAACUGCACGGUGUAUCGCCCGUGGCUCCUCGCUUACGUCCUUGUCACCUUCAUCUUGGCUACGAUAGGCUUCUCAGCCAACGUCAAAUAUACCGAGAUGAUAUGGAUCGAUUUGCGAGACGCCCCAGGUGGACCUGUGGCUUUGAUUCAGGAUGAGUUGAGUUAUUGGAUAAACGUUAUGGCGUUGACUUGCUACUAUGUCAUGGAAUGGUUCAUGCAAGCCCAUCUGCUUCAUCGGUGUAUCGUAGUUUGGAAUGGGAAUCAAUUCAUCGCAAUGUUUAUGACCGCCUUUUGGCUGACGAUGAUCGCACUUUCGAUCAUUAUCUUAGCGGGGGCCAGUGGAACGGUGUUCUACAACGACAACAUCCAACUAGCCUACCUUUGCGUUACAGUUGGCAUGACGGUCACGUACACUCUUCUCGUAUCAUGGCGACUUCUCAAAUUCCGACGAGGAGUGGAGGGGCUGAUAGCAAGCGAGCACCUACGCACAUACAAUGCGGCCGUAACCAUGGUUGUCGAAUCUGCCGCUGUGUAUUCCAUCUUAGGCGUCCUCUUUAUCAUUUCUUUUGCUCUUCACUCCAAUAUAUCUAACCUUGUAUUUCUGUCUAUCAGCCACGUUCAGGCCAUUGCCCAGCUCAUUAUCAUCAUCCGUGUUGUUCAAGGUCGGGCCGUGGGCACGCAUACUCCCCGCACGAACUCUAUUGCUUUCGCCACUUACACAGCUCAAGACCGUACCGUGCCCUCUCAGAAAUCACGUGGCACGGAAUCCGCCGAAUCUGGCUUGUGGACACAAGGAAAAAGUAGUAUCCCCUAGGCAGACCAAAGACUCGGCAGAGGACAAUGGUUCCCUUGGGACUUAAGGGGGUCAGACGUUGAAAUUCUGCUACGUUUGCUUGUAGCCAUACAUCCUCUGUUCCACGACACACAGGCUACGUGCCCUACUAACAUACGUUUAUACCUGCAACGGUUUUCGAG